AUGGUUUCUAAUCAAUACCAAUUGUCAGAUGAGUCAAAAGAAAGAUUAUUAAAGGUUUUGGAUUACUCUAAAACAAUUGCUCAUUACGGCUUCAUCCCAUUUGUAUUAUACUUAGGUUGGUCAGCUACACCGAACAAGCCUUCGUUAUUCAACUUAUUAAGUCCAUUUCCAUCUUCAUAG